CAUCCUGCGAUUUGCACCGCGGAGAGAAAAUGGAGGACUGAGCAACGAGAGUCCUAUUUCACGGAAAGAGGGCACGAACUUUGGAGACCAGAACCACAUCUGAGUUGUUAAACAAUGUGCUGCCUGCAGCAUCUACAAUAAGAGGGGUCUGAGCACACCUGCCAUUUGCACUGCCCAGGGACAGCUCUGACUCCACGCCGAUACCUUGAGAGCCCCAUCAGAUCCUCUGAUUGAGUAGAUUUUCUUUGCUAUGGAGGAGAGUGUGGGCCCAGAGCCGGGUCAGGAUCCCAUGGAUGUCGCCUCCCAAGAAACGGUUUCAACAGUAGAAGAGAAAGAGGAGCCCAGCCAUGGAGACACUGACAAGGUAGAGGAACGUGAGAAGCCCACAAAAGCUGUCAGUGAGUUCAAGAAGACCUGGGGCUUCCGCAGGACCACCAUCGCUAAGCGAGAGAUGCCAGGUGACCCAGACACCCAGGAGGGUAAGAGUGCUCCAGUACGCCGCAGCGGGCGGCAGGCCAAGCGCACUGACAAACUGGAGGAGUUCCUGUCCACGGCCAAGCGUGGCCGCGGUGGGCGCAGGAGUGCCCCGGGUCACCUGGAGAACUGGGAUCCACCCUCACAGACACCCACAGAUGGUGAGACAGCAUCAGAGGCCAGCUUUGAUGGCAACGCACCUGCUGAUGAGCGCAAGCAGAGCAGGGCCAGCAGUAGGAAGAAGCCAGCCAAAGGAGGCUCUGUCAGCGAAGACGGCAGCUCAGAGAAUGAGGACAGCACUGAAACUAUUGAGAAAGGGCAGCAAAAAGGCAAGGAUGGAGAUGGGAUGGAGCCUCAGCAGCCUGAGCAGGGCUCAACUGAGGGAGUCGAGGAGGAGACGAAUGUAGAGUCAGAGAGCUCCGAGAAGCCUACUGUCGAGGCUGGCGACCGCCGUGCGACUGGAAGUCCAGCCCAGGCGGCUGGAAAGGACUCCACGCCGAGUAAGAAGGACUCUAAACCAAAAUCGAGAGCAAAAGCCAGCAAGGAGAGCCGAGGCGGCAAGGAUGAUGAGGAUGAUGAUGAUGAUGAGGACUCAUCUGGUAAAUCUGACAAUGAGGGAUACGACCCCAAUGCGCUUUACUGCAUCUGCAGGCAGAAGCACAAUAAAAGAUUCAUGAUCUGCUGUGACCGUUGCGAAGAGUGGUUCCAUGGUGACUGUGUGGGCAUCACAGAGGCACGGGGUCGUCUGCUUGAACGCAAUGGUGAGGACUACAUCUGCCCCAACUGCACCGUACACAAGAGCCAGGCCACCUCCCCUGCUGACAGCAACAAGAGAUCUAGCCGUCGCAGUCAGCAGAGCUGCCUCCCUGAACAGACGGCACCACCAGGUGGUGCGGAGGAAAAGGCCAGUGAAGACCUUGGGAUUAAAGGCAGGAUAGAGAAAGCAACCAAUCCCAGUGGGAAAAAGAAGAUUAAAAUAUUCCAGCCGACGGUGGAAGCCACAUCCCUCCCCAAGUGUAUAGGUCCAGGCUGCGACAAGAAUGCGCUGCCAGACUCCGUGUACUGCGGCAACGACUGCAUCCUGAAGCAUGCUGCAGCAGCCAUGAAGUCAAUCACGGAUGUGAAGGAGCCCAAGCCAAAGGAGAAGGCCAAACUUAAAGCACAGAGGAAGCCAACCACCAGAGGCAGCGCUAAGAAGAGGCCGGCUUCUGAUAGAAGGACCGGGGCUCGAAAGUCGAAGGAUUCCUCAAACAAGACUGACGAGGCAGAAUCCGACAGUGAAGAUAAUGAUGAGGAAGAUGAUGGUGCUGACAAUGACGACGACGACGACGAUGACGAUAUUGGGGAAGAGCAGAGGCCUUCAGAUCAUGAGCCAGCCAUCUCAUCCUGGUCCAGUGACCAUAAUUACAUUGCAGUCACGCCAGACAGGGCCGCAGCCAUUGCGUCCUCUGUGUUUAACAAAUCGUCUGGGAAGGAGAGUGAUGGAGCUGAAAGUGAGAAGGAGGCGACCGCCAGGCGAAGAUCUUCAACAGGAUCCUCUACAUCCUCCAAGGGAGGCAAGCAGCCACUUGGCUCUGGAGGCUCCAAGCCAGCUUCCAAGGGGAAGAAGCCCAUACUCCAGCCUGCUAUGGGCCUCAGAGCAGGCAAAAAGCUUGCCCUGGCUUCUGGCAAAGCUCUAAAACACCCAAAACCUAUCCCAGCACCCCUUCCUGCUGCUGUUACCACUGCUGCUGCUUCUUCCUCAGCUGUUCCGCCCAGCUCUCGGCACCAUGUUACGGGGGCCUUGAGGGUUACCAAGACUACAUUUACCAUCCCCAAGAAGCAGCCUAAACAGGAGCCUUCUCAGUCUGGUGGUCCACCCCGACCGUCACCACCAGCUGUGCCACUGGCACCUCCUGCUCCGUCCAUUUCAGCUCCCACCUCCAGGCCCCCCCAGCCAGCGCCCUCCCAGCCCCAGCCUCAACCCAAUAACCAAAUCAGGCAGAACAUCCGGCGUUCACUCACAGAGAUCCUUUAUAAGAGGGUGAGCGACAGUGAUGACCUGACAAUAUCGGAGAGUGAAGUUGGAAAACUUGCUGUCAAUAUCGAGAAGGAAAUGUUCAACUUGUUUCUCAACACAGACAACAAGUACAAGAAUAAGUACAGGUCAAUUAUGUUUAAUCUCAAGGACCCGAAAAAUAAGGGCUUGUUCUACCGGGUCAUCGGCAGCGAAGUCACGCCCUUUAAAUUGGUGAGAUUGAGCCCAGAGGAACUGCUCUCCAGGGAGAUCUCAGAGUGGAGGCAGCGGGAUACUCCCGAGAUCAUGGAGCCCAAAGCCCAGAGUGGGCAGCCCAAGCCGGGCGUCAAGACGGAGCCAGCCCCUGACGUGGACAUGGAGGAAUCCCCUCCCGUCUCUGAUGGAGACGUAUGUAUGGCCGCCACCUCGCAGUCGCCCCGCAUGGCUUCCGCAGCAGACCAGGAAGAAGCCCGUCAAGCAACUGCCUCCACUCCAGCUGCUGCAGCAAAGCCCACUCAGGAGACCACAAGUGCUCCAGUUCCUGACAUCUUCAGCAGCAUGCUGAAGGACACUACAGCAGAGCACAGGGCCCAUCUGUUUGACCUUAACUGCAAGAUCUGUACAGGCCAGAAGUCAGCUGAUGAGGAGCCACCCCCCAAGAAGCCGAAAAUCACAACAUCCUCCACCAGCAAGAAGGCAGAGGCCAAAGUGAAACCAGAGCCGCGUCCCUCCAAGGCAGGCGGUGCUACUGCUGAUGCCAUCCCUGCUUCGGUUCCGACACAGGGCGCUGAGACACCCAUCAUGGAGUCCCCAGCCUCUCCAGAGGAUGCUGGUGCAUCAGCCUCAAGUGUAUCUGCCACAUCGCCGUCCUAUGUCCCCCCGGUGACCAUCCCUGCAGUGUCUUCCGUCACCAUCACACGGCGGGACCCACGCACAGCUGGGUACCGCCCACCUGUUUCCACACCUGUCCCUCCUGUAUCUGAGGCUUCUCCAGACAACAAGAUGGUCACACCGCCUCUGCCUCCACCCCCUCCUGCACCUAAGUCUAUCCUGCUGAAGCCAGCCUCAUCCCCAGACACACGAUUCUUUGGUCUGCCUGGAACCAGUAUGAUCGAGUCCCACUCCCCACCAGAAAGCGAGACCACAGUGUUCCUGUCCCAGCAGGAGAUGAUGUGGAAGGGUUUCAUCAACAUGCACACUGUGGCCAAAUUUGUCACCAAGGCUUACCUGGUUUCUGGCUCAUUCGAGUACUUGAAAGAGGACUUGCCAGACACCAUCCACAUCGGUGGCCGGAUCUCACCCCACACAGUGUGGGACUACGUGGGAAAACUGAAAACCUCUGUGUCUAAGGAGCUGUGUCUGAUACGCUUCCACCCAGCUACAGAAGAGGAGGAGGUGGCCUAUGUCUCCCUCUUCUCUUAUUUCAGCAGCCGACGUCGCUUCGGUGUGGUGGCCAACAACAACCGACGCAUCAAGGACCUGUACCUCAUCCCACUGAGUGCCAAGGACCCCCUUCCAGCCAAACUCUUGCCCUUUGAUGGGCCAGGGUUGGAGCCAGCUCGGCCAAAUCUUCUUCUUGGCUUGGUAAUUUGCCAGAAGGACAAGAAGCGCUCUGCGGCACCCGUGGAGGGCGAGGAAAAGCGAUCCAAGAUUCAAAUCCGGGACACUGAUGACACCACCUUUCCCAAACCAGCAGCUCUUGCCAAGGCAGAGGUCAAACCUGAGAAGGCUCAGAGGCUCAGCACAGACACAGUUAUAAGCACAACUCCACCUGGUUCUCCACCACCAAUUAGUUCCACAGAGUCCUCAUCAAGUUCCCUCCCAACACCAUCGGUGCUGUCCAUCAUAUCCUCUAUCAAGCCUGUCUCUUUAGCCUCUGGCAAGGAUUCUCCCUCCACUUCUGUGCCAGCCACUGGGCCUACAACCACCCCUCUGCAGACUAUCUUGAAGACCUUGUUUGGUAAGAAGAAGCCAGACUCAGAUAGCACUAUGUCUCCCUCAGAGCAGAUCUCUGCUGACAUUACUGUGCCCCCAGCCCCACUACUUGAUCCAAUAGUCCAGCAGUUUGGACAGAUACACAAUGAAAAGGAGGUGGAGGAAGAUGAGGAUGACCGACCUUACGACCCAGAGGAAGAGUAUGACCCAGGAAUAAGCUAUGGGUCAAAAACAGCUUCUGCUACAGACAAAGCAUUAGUGACUAGCAAGCCUCCUGAGGCCAUUAUCACUGAUGUUGAUGAUGUAGCUUAUGACCCAGAAGAUGAAACCAUCUUCGAUGAAGUAAGGGGAGGGGUACCUGACCUUUCUGGCCAAACAAAGAUGAAAUCCUCAGCUGACAACAGCAGUAUUGCUCUCAGUGGUGGCUCUUCAUUGUUGACAGAACAACAGAAGAUGCUAGAAGAGCUGAACAUGCAAAUUGAGGAGCAGAAACGUCAGCUGGAGGAACAGGAAGAGUCCAUUCGACAGCAGAGGGCCUCAGUUGGAGCCUCCCAGUUCUCAGUGUCAGAUACCUUGAUUCCCCAAGCCUCUAAGUCAUUGCUUGCUAACAGUCAGUUACUACAGCUUGGCAAAAAGGUAGAAGAACUUGUAACAAAGACCCCAGCAGCCCCGGUCAUUAAUCAGAGAAGGGACCCACGACAGAGCAGGGACCCUCGGCAGGCGGCAGCAAGUCAAAGGCAAACAACUGACUCUGUGGAAAAAGAAGAAAUUUCUGCUGUAACACCCACUGAGGACAAACAGACAACACAAACAGAUGCAUCCCAAGUGGAAACAUCUCAACCGGCAGAGGAGACCCAUUCUGAAUCAGUCCCUUUCUUGGAGCCAGAGAACACAGAAAUAUCCAUCCCUCUUUUGGGAGAGAAGAUAGAUCCUGAUAUGGAAGAUAAUUCAUUUGUUGAGCCACCUGUAAAAAUGAGUCCGGACACCACUAAGGCUGAGAUUGAAAGUAAUCCGUACACCGCCUGGCCAAAUUCAGCAAGCAUUUUAAAAGCUAAAGAGCUCUCCAGUCUUGAACAUUCUCAUGACCUUCCAGCUCCCCAGCAAUCUCCAACAUCAUAUUACAGCGGACACAUGACUGCUGCUCCCUCAGGUCCUCUUUCUGGAAUCUCCCAGGACAUGGCAGCAGGCAACCCUUCCCUGGUUGACGUUCAGGCUUCUCACAUACCACAAAUGGGUAUGAUAAACCCUGAUUUUGGGCCUGCUCAGGAAAUCCCAGCUCACAUACCCUUCCAGCCAUCUCUGGGGCCUCCUCCAAUGCAGGGGCCUCCUCCACUGCAAACUGAAGGCGACCAAUCCCAGUACAGAGAUCCAACCCAGUAUGGACCUCCUGGUCCUUAUCCAGCUUACCAGAAUCAGUGGGGUGGCUCUCAACAGCAAUUUGAGGGCCCCCGGGGACCUCCAUCCCAACCUAUAAUGGGACCCAGGGGUCCUCCUCCCUUCCAACCUCUGGGCCAAAGAGGGCUGCCUCCUCAGAUGUUUGACAGUCCCAUAGGUUCCAUACCUGCACAGCAUAUGGGACCAAGAGGACCACCACCAGCGCAGUUUAUCGAGGGUCAUGGUCCUCCACCUCCUUUUGAUGGACAAAAUGGCCCACUGCAGCCAAGAUUCAAUGGACCCCCACCGCCAUUCAGUUUUUCUGGACCCAGAGGUCCCCCACCACCAUUUACUGGACCACCACUUGGCCACUUUGAAAACAGAGCCCCUCUGUCAUCCCACUUAGCAGGAGCAAGAGGCCCACCUCCUCCCCAAUAUGGUGACCUCGGCCCUCAAAAGGCCUUACUGGACACACCGAGAGGUCCCGAAGACCAUUCUUAUGAUGGCAGUGGGGGUGGGUAUCAGCAGGGGCUGGAACCACACCAGGGGGAGACACCAUCGCAUGUGUACAGAGAGAGCCAAACACCAUCGCAAGCUCCUCCUUACCGUGGCCCCCCUCUCAAUCAAUUUGAAGGACGGAGAGGUCCAACCUCUGAUAUGGGUGGGCAACGGUACCCUCCACCAAACCGCUUUGGUGGACCAGGAGCACCAUCCCCGCAUCUUCACAACCAGAGGAUGCCUUCACCUCCGCACAGGGGAUCGUUUGAAGACCCCAGCACCCCUCAUCCUGCAGAGUUUCAAUGCCAGAGAGGACCUGCAUCUUCACAGUUUGGAGGGCCUCGAGGUCCUCCACUCAGUCACUUCGCAGACAGCAGAGGACAGCCGCGAUUCCGCUUCGAAGGUCCCCCUCACCCACCGGAAGUCAGGCCUCUGCGGCAUUCGGGGCCUCUUCUCCCAACACCCCCAGAGGGGCCCAUUCAGUUGUCAAGCCGCAUGGGACACAGCCCAGAUCCCCAUCGUGAGGAUCACUGGCGGGAUUCUCCCGACGUUAGGAGACGGAGCAGCACCCGGGAAGAUUCUGAACAGCGUAGCAAUGGAGACAGGCCUGGCAGGUUCGAAGGUGGCCACCGCGACAGGGAAGGCCUCCAGGGACCUUCACGAGGGUCAGAGGAGAGGCAGAGAGAGGGGCCUGAGGACAGGAGAAGGGAUCGGGAUGCGGGCAGGCCGUGGGACAGGAACUCGGGCAAGCCCUGGAGCAGGGAGCGAGACUGGGACAGAGGCCGGGAGAGGGACUGGGAGAGAGACCGCAGCAGAGGGAGAGACACAGACCGACACAGGGAGGGAGAUGGAGAGAAGAGGAGGGACAGGGACCGAGACCGAGGCAGGGACAGGGACAGGGACAGAGACUCAGACAGACGAGACUACGACCGUGACAGAGGAAGGAACAGAGACCGGGACCGCGAGCGGGAUAGAGACCGGGAUCGUGAACGUGAUCGAGACAGAGACAGCAGGGACAGGCGGCGUGAUAGAUCGAGGAGUAGAGACCGAGACCGUGGAAAAGAGCGUGACCGGGACCGUGGAAGAGACAGGGACCGAGACCGAGACAGGGACAGAGACCGGGACAGGGACAGGAAAGAAAGGAGCCGAAGCAAAGAGAAGGGCAAGGACAACAAAUCGGAAGUGCCGAAGGAGAGUGAGAAAACCACAGAAACAGACACUGCUGCUAGCAAAAAUGCAACAUCCUAACCUCUUUUUUCCCCCCAUAAUGUUCUACUGUCCAAUGGACUUUGUUUUCGUACAUUAUCAGAAGUGUCUUCUGCUGACUUUCAUAGAAAUAACACGGAAAGAGACUUUGGAGCAAUUUUUGUAUGUGUGAAUCAUGAGGGACAAACACGUUCCAGUGGGUUUCCCGGUGCUACAGUAAUUUGUACAAAGGUUUUUGGUAUUAUUUGCCUCCUACAUAUUUUAUCAAUUGUAUUCUCCUUUCAAGUUGGAUGUCAUUUGAGUUAAGACUGUGUUUCAGAGGGACUCUGCCAUAACAUGCCAUUAACAAGGUGUCAUUUGAAUAUAUACCUUCCCCUGUUUGACAGCUCUUUUAAAAAAAGAAAAACAAUAAUUUGGAAUCACUUGCAUAGCUGAAUUGCAUUGGAUACCAGAAGUGAUGUAAAUAUUUAUGUAUAAGUGUAUAUAUAGGUAUGUUUUUUUAAUUGCAUUUUCUAAAUAGAAGAUCAUAAGCCAUAUAGCUGAGGUGGCGGAUGGAGAUCCAGUGGAUGGUCUGUGUUGAACAGUUUGGUUCAGACAGGUUGUAGAUGUACAGUGAUCCUCUCCUGCAGUUGUCUUCACCCUCUGUUUUCUCUGAAAUAACCAAUUAAACCUCUGAAUUACACUUUAAUAUUUGCGUGUAUGGAUGCUUUUCUCAAGUUUUCUGAUUUUAUCAUUUUGAUUUUCUAUCUAGUUCACUAAAGUGCGGGUCAUUUUUUAAUACUAAAUAGCUAUAAUACAGAUAAUAGUGUCACUUGACUCGCUGAACUCAAGUUGAAAUUAUAUUUUUGGUAGUAUAAAGCGUAGACAAGUUUGUCUAACAAAUGGUCAAAUAGUGUGUACAGAUAGAGGGAGUAGUGAUGAUUGAUUUUGUUCAUAACUCCAAAUGCUGAAAAUGGCAGCACAGUGAAUUGUUCCCACACUGGUGUGAAAAGCUAAGCCAAGGACAAUCAUCAUGAGUUAUUUUUAUGGCACUUAUUUAUUACAUUGCUUGCUCAGAAGUAAAUGUAAAAGUGUGACAUGAAAAUUAGAUAUAUAUUUGUUUAAAAAUGCAU